AUAAAAAAUUUAAAGAAAGCACAGUUUGACGAAACUACUUGGAAGGAUUUAGGAAGAGAGCUUGGACUCCAUCCAAAUACACUGAAAAAAAUUGAAACUAGUGAAAAAGGCAAUGUUGAGAAUUGUUUUGAACAAUGCCUUACAAAGUGGUUGAAUAAAGUUGAUAAUGUUAAGGAAUCAACUUAUAAUUCAUUAAUUGCUGCUUUGAGAAACAUGCCUGGCACAGCAGAUGUAGUUGAUGACUUAGAAACAGCAAUAUCUGAAGAAAAUGGUGAUAAGAAGGAGCAAACAAAGGAUCCAGCAAAAGAAAAGAAACCUGCUAAAAGUAUGUCUGGAAAACAAAAAGAUGAAAAAAAUGGUCAUGAUGAGCCUGAUGGAGGUGAAAGCCCACCAGAAUUGCCUGACAAUGGUGAUAAAUUCAAACCAUCCAAGGAAAUCAACUUUAAAGAUAUUCCUACUCCCGUUGUUGAAAGUAUUAAAGUUGUCAUUACUCCUGCCACUUUAGACGAAGAAAACGCAGUCUUACGUUACUUGGAGCCGAUAGAAGGUGAUCACUACAUCAGUGCAUCAAUUUAUGAUCGCAAUAUUUCAAACAUACACGUCGGAAAGUUUGGAGAUAAUCCAGUUGUUGUUGUGACGACUGCACCACCGCAGCAUAAGCAGGGCCCAGUUCAUGCUGCUAUUGUCAUCACAAAAAUAUUGGAGAAAUUCGAGAAUAUUAAGUACAUUGUGGGUGUUGGUGUCUGUUAUGGGAUGGACAAAAAUAAACAAAAACUAGGACAAGUUAUUGUCUCAACCAUUCUCUGUGAUUUCACAAAUAAACGCGAAGGCAAAACCGAGCUAACAAACUUUCAACGAGGUGCUCAAACUAACGUAGGAAACAGUAUUAGCAACAUGUUUAUACCAAGUGAUGAGAUCAAAUCAAAAUUACCUGAGGGUAUCAUUGCUGACAAGGGUGUAUACAUAUGCACACCGUCUCUUAUUGAUAACAAUGAACUCAAGGGGGAAUACAAGGACAUCAGGAAAGAUGCUAAAGCAGGAGAAAUGGAAGGUGCUGGAUUAACAGCUGCCACUGAAUAUGCCAAAAAUAAAGUUGAGGCCAUUGUCAUCAAGGGUAUUGGUGACUGGGGUGAUGGUGAUAAGAAAGCCACCGAAAGAUGGAAGCCAUUUGCAGCCCAAGCUGCUGCUUGUUAUGUAAAAACUGUGCUAGAAACAAAGCAAGUCGUUUGUGAUUCUGAUUAAUAAUUAAUAAAAUAUUUUGAGACUUCAUUGCUUUGUUAGGUUUUAAAAUAAACAUACUAGAAA